UAAAAAGUGCACCCGGACGAGGUGGCAGUCGCUGUGAAAGCCAUCCACCCCUCACACCUGCGCCCACACGCAUACCUACGCGUUCCCCCUCACACCCAUAUAGUCACUCUUCUCUUAUUAGUUCUCGCACACUUGGCCGGAUGGACGCCAUAGGGAGCCCCUUUCGGAGAGUUAUGGACAGCAGGGCGAGCAGCUACGGCUACAGCCGAUCGGCCGGCUCCCCCUCCGCCUCCACCAUUGGAUUCCGCUCCCAGACCUGGUCCCGGGCCAGCCCGGGUUCCAACACCAGCGCGACGUACAAGAGGAACGCGAACAAGCCCCGCGCAGACACCUUCGAGCUGAGCCAAAGUUCCCUCCUGAGCGCGGACUCCUCCAGGCGCUCCAACGAGAAGGAGCAACUCCAGGGGCUGAACGACCGCUUCGCCGUGUACAUCGACAAGGUGCACUAUCUGGAGCAACAAAACAAGCAGAUCGAGGACGAGAUCCAGGCCCUGAGGCACCAGCAAGUGUCCCGCUCGCAGCUGGGUGACCUGUUCGAUCAGGAACUGCAGGAGCUGCGCGCUACGCUCGAACAGAUCCACCGCGACAAGUCUCAGAUCCAGCUCGACAGCGACCACCUGGAGGAUGACAUCCAGAGGCUCAGGGAGCGCCUGGACGAGGAAGCGCGCGUCCGAGAGGACACAGAGGCCAUUAUACGCAUCCUCAAGAAGGACACCGGCGACUCGGAGCUACUCAAGUCAGAACUGGAGAAGAAAGUACAGUCAUUGCAGGACGAGAUCGCCUUCAUCCGCAACAACCACGAAGAAGAAGUCAGCGAGCUCCUGGGUCACAUUCAGGCGUCUCAGGUGACAGUAGAGAGGAGAGACCCGCAGCGGGCUGACAUCACCGAGGCUCUGCGCGAGAUCCGCAGCGAGCUGGAGGGUCACUCCGACCAGAACCUGCAGCAAGUGGAGAGCUGGUUCAUGUGCCACUACGCCAAGCUAAACGAAGCAUCCGAGCAGAACAAGGACGCCAUCAAGAACGCGCGUGACGAGAUCAGCGACUACCGCCGCCAGCUGCAGUCCAAGACGGUGGAACUGGAGUCGGUGCGCGGCACCAGAGACUCCCUGGAGAGGCAGCUCGGAGACAUCGAGGACCGCCACAACAGCGACCUGGCCGGUCUGCAGGAAACGAUCCAUCAGCUGGACAAUGAGCUCAAGAACACAAAAUGGGAGAUGGCACGUCAUUUGCGCGAGUACCAGGACUUGCUCAAUGUCAAGAUGGCCCUGGACAUCGAGAUUGCCGCAUACAGGAAACUUCUGGAAGGUGAGGAGACCCACUUCAGCACAUUCUCCCAUCGUCCCGCUGUUUCAUCCUCCAGAAUCUCAAUGAUCAAAUCAGAACCUCCAAGACUGAAGGUGCAACAUAAGUUUGUCGAGGAGAUCAUCGAGGAAACCAGGGUUGAGGAUGACAAGGCCAACAUGGAAGACGCACUAGAUCAGAUUGCCCAGGAGCUCUCGGCCACACUCGAAGGCAGCGCAGGGGAGGAAGAAGAUGAAGGUGACGAGGACGAUGAAGUGGAGGAAGAGGAAGUUGUAGCUGCAACCGAUACCAAAGUUAGUUCGAAGGCACCGGCAAAGGAGGACGAUGACGGUGAUGAGGAGGGUGGUGAUGAGGAAGAAGGGGGUGAGGAUGAUGAGGAAAAUGAGGACGAUCAGGAUGAGGGUAACAAAGGAGAAGAGGAGGCAGGUGAUGACGAGGAGGUAGUAGAGGAAACUGUCCUUUGCUCCAAAUCUCAGGAUUCCAAAGCCAUUCCUGAGAAUAUGAAGACUACAGAGGAAGAAGAUGAAGAGGAUGGUGACGAGGCCAGCGGGGGAGAAGACGCUGAUGUCGAAGAGGAUGAAGACAAAGCAUCCAAAGAUGGAGACGACGAGGAGGAUAAUGAAGAUGACAAAGGGGCAAAAGAUGACAAGGUCAUAAUUGAAGACAUUGUGGCAAAGACAAUAGUAGCCAAAUUAGAAGUUCAGAAAACAGAUACUGCAAAACCUGAAGCCAAAAAGGACGAAAGUGUCAAAACAGAACUAACCAAGCCCGAUUCUCUCAAGCCUGAAUCCCCAAAAGGUGGUUCCCCAAAAUCUGAUUCCCCCAAAACUACUUCUCCAAAGUCUGAAUCCCCAAAAGCCGGUUCCCCAAAGACUGGUUCACCCAAGACAGAGUCCCCAAAAGGUGGUUCCCCAAAGUCCGAAUCUCCAAAGGCUGGCUCGCCCAAGACAGAGUCUCCAAAAGCAAGUUCACCAAAGGCUAGCUCUCCCAAGACAGAGUUGCCAAAAGCAGAUUCCCCAAAGUCUAUAUCACCAAAGCAAAGUUCCCCAAAGUCUGAAUCCCCAAAAGCUAGUUCCCCCAAGACGGAAUCUCCAAAACCUCUCUCCCCCAAGUCUGACUCCCCAAAGUCAGGAUCACCUAAAGCAGAGUCCCCUAAAUCAGAAUCUCCCAAGCCUGCAACUCUCAAGGAAGACUCGGCAAAAACAACCCCCCCAAAAGCAGAGUCUCCUAAAUCGGAAGCUCCCAAACCUGCAUCACCUAAAGAAGACUCACCGAAGGCUACCUCCCCUAAAGGAGAGUCCCCUAAAUCAGAAUCUCCAAAGCCUACAUCACCUAAAGAAGACUCACCCAAGGCUGGCUCCCCCAAGGCAGAGUCCCCUAAAUCAGAAUCCCCCAAGCCCGGAUCCCCCAAAGACGAAUCACCGAAGGCUAUCUCCCCAAAAGCAGAGUCCCCGAAGUCAGAAUCAGCAAAGCAAGAACCACCAAAGGCAGAAUCUCCUAAGACGGAAACAAGCAAACCUGACACAUCGAAGCCUGCUGAAGACACCAAGAAGACAAAAGAUGCCGCAAUGAAUGGCGAUGUGGACAAGACCGGCUCAAAGGAAGAGGAGCAGAAAAAGGGCGAGGGCAACGAAGUGAUUAUCAACGGCGUGGACGAAAGUCCCGUCAAGGACGACGCUAGCCAGAAGGUGGUGAUCACCAAAACGGUGGAGACCAUCACUACAGGGGAAGACGGCUCACAGCAGGUCACCAAGUCCAUCACAGUUACCGAAACGGUGAAGGAAAUGGAGGAAACACUGCAGGAGAAGUUGGUCUCCACCAUGAAGACGGAGAAGCACUCCAGCCAGUCAAUCAAGCAGGUGACUGAGGGUGACUGAGGAGUUGGCCUCAACGGCAAUUCGGGGAGUCAGCGUGAUGAAAAGCAAUCAAGCAGAACUAACAUAAGAGAACACCAUACAGCUAGAGCGACAUAAUAUAACAUACAAAACUUAGAGAGAAGCCAAAUGCUACAAAUGUUAGAAAUGCAUGUUUGCAGACGCUGAGAGGGGCGAGCCAUCAAGACAUUUCUUCUUCCGUUUUUGCCGCUGUUCACUGAUGGGCUUGUGGGUUUUGGGGUGGGCUUUGCAUGCUUUGGCUCAGGGGCUGGAGGGGAGGGCACUUUCCUCACCGAUGUAUGUAUGUAUGAAUGACAGAGAAGACACUGUAUGUUAGGGGAUCCAUUAUAUAGUAUAUGACUUUUUUGUAGCGUAAGUAAUGAGGGAAGGGUGGCGAGGGUGGAUGGUUAUUGGGGGGUCCUUUGCACACGUAAAAAUGCUGUGUUUACGUAGCCUUAUACCUGACGUGACCAUAGCAACUCAGCCAAAAAGAAAUGACACACCUGCAGCAGCGAAUGACAACAGGAUGAUCAAACAACUACAUGGAGUUUUCGACGGACCCCGCGAAAGUCCUAGCCUUAAACAUGCUUUUGAAUCCCUGUCUGUUACGUUUACCCAAGCGCAAAUACAAAGAAAUACUGUACGAGUGCUUAGGGUGUAGCAUUCUUGCAUUCGCAUAGUAACCUGACUUGAAAUAUUGAAAUUUAUGAGGUGCUACUGUUUGCAGGCCCGUGACCUUACAUCAACAAUUUCCCAGCAGCAUUUGCUUAAUAAACAUCAUGAUGUGGAA